UCUGCGCUGGUCUGCGGCUGUCGCCAUGUCAAUGCUCCCGACGUUUGGUUUCACGCAGGAGCAAGUCGCGUGCGUCUGCGAGGUCCUCCAGCAAGGGGGGAACAUCGAGCGGCUGGGACGCUUCCUCUGGUCCCUGCCGGCCUGCGAGCACCUCCACAAGAACGAGAGCGUCCUCAAGGCGAAAGCCGUGGUCGCCUUCCACCGGGGCAACUUCCGAGAGCUCUACAAGAUCCUGGAGAGCCACCAGUUCUCGCCGCACAACCACCCGAAGCUGCAGCAGCUGUGGCUCAAGGCGCACUACAUCGAGGCGGAGAAGCUGCGGGGCCGCCCUCUCGGGGCCGUAGGGAAGUACCGCGUCCGGAGAAAGUUCCCGCUGCCCCGCUCCAUCUGGGACGGAGAGGAGACGAGCUACUGCUUCAAGGAGAAGAGCCGGAGCGUGCUGCGGGAGUGGUACACCCACAACCCGUACCCGUCCCCGCGGGAAAAGAGGGAAUUGGCCGAGGCCACGGGACUCACCACCACGCAGGUCAGCAACUGGUUCAAGAACCGGCGGCAGAGAGACCGGGCGGCGGAGGCGAAGGAGAGGGAAAACAGCGAGAACUCCAACAGCAACAGUCACAACCUAUCUUCUUCCAUGAACGGAAAUAAAACUCUUUUGGGGAGCUCGGACGACGAUAAAACGCCUUCGGGGACACCGGAUCACACGUCGCCGAGCCCGGCCCUGCUCUUGGGCUCGAACGCCGGCUUACCGUCCCUGCACGGCCUUGCGCCCCCUCCGGGACCCAGCGCGAUUCCGGUGCCGGGUGGCGCAGACUCGGUGCACCAUCACCACUCGGUGCACCAUGACACUAUACUAAACUCUAUGUCUUCUAACCUCGUGGACCUCGGCUCUUAAAAAAAAAAA